GCUCCAUUACAUUAAAAAGUGUAUUGUCCCAUCUUCUUUCAUGCAAAACAUCAAGUCUAAGGCUAUACCAAGCCAAAAAUUCUGUAUAGACGUCGAAAAGGAAAUAUACAUCGUGAAGGUAUGGCAUUAUACUCAGUCUUGAUUAUACUAGUCCUGAUGCAACCAUCAGUUGAAAAUGUACCAUGAAGGAAGUGGACGGUUCAGAAUGUAAAAGGCAAGUCUUGAGUACAUUUUCUUCUUUAAUUUGAGUCAUAUUCUUCUGAGAAUAAAGGCUCUCGAGUAGUAAAUAAUUUUCUUUCGCAUUUUCUGAAACUCUGUUGGAGCAGAACAUUAAUUGAGAGGUGUUGUGUUUCGGAAAUGCUCUUGAAACCAUAUAUAUAGCCAUGGUGAAUGCAUACAUACAAGCCGUUUAACUUAGCCAACUCUAAUGAACUUUCCAACCAGAGUAAACGACAUCUAAAGCCUGAUUAGAUUCUCAAGCCCACGAUUGGCCCAACUUUAUUUAGGGUUAUAUUCUUUUAGUUUCUUUCCCUUAGCCGCAAGAAAUCAUAGGAAAUAAAGAUUAAAAAAAAAAAAAACAUUUCUCGUGAUUUGAAACAAUGACGACGAUGAUCUACAAUCUUCCAAGGGAUUUGAUAGAGGAUAUUAUUUCUAGGGUUCCCUUGAAAUUCAUGAAAGCAGUGAGAUUAACUUGCAAAAGUUGGAACGAUUUAUCCAAAAGUGAGAGCUUUUCGAAGAUGCACAUUGGUAAAUCAACAAGAAAAGGGGAGUCUAUGAUGAUCGCCAUGAUGCCUCAUAAUCUUUAUCUAAUGAGUGGGGUCGUCGACGAUGUUGAUCCAUCUAUAGAGCAUAAAGGUCAACUUAUUAGUUUCCUUCACAAUCAAGUUAGCAUAUCUCGAGUCUUUCACUAUGAGGGUUUAAUUUUAUGCAUCUUGAAAGACGUUACUAGGAUUGUGGUUUGGAAUCCCUAUUUAGGGCAAACAAGGUGGAUCAACCUCAGAUUUUCUCACCGUCCACAUAGAUGGGACUGGUUCAAUUAUGCUCUCGGAUACGAGGAUAAAGAAUCUCGUCGUGGCAUUAAAUUGUUGAGGUUCUUAGAUUAUUUUCACAAAGCACCCGAAAAACAAUUUUUUUGGUAUGAAAUCUACGAUUUUGACUCAGGGUUAUGGACAACUCUUGAUGUCAUUCCACACUGGGGUAUAUAUUGUUCAAGCCAUAGCGUUUCUCUCAAGGGAAACACUUACUGGUCUGCGACAGAAAGAAGCUCAGAAGGUCGAAAAAAUCACAUAAUUUGUUUUGAUUUUACAAGAGAGAGAUUUGGGCCGCUUCUGCCUCUGCCGUCUAGCUUUACGGAUCGUAAUUAUGUAUAUGCGUCUUUAUCUUCUCUUCUUUAAGAGAAGAUUGCAGCUUUAUUUCACCACCAUGAUAAAUAUGAUACUGAGUUUGAGAUAUGGAUUACAACUAAGAUUGAGGUCGAAAUGGUGACGUGGAGCAAGUUCUUGAGAAUGGAUACGGGACCUAAGAUAGGUUUUCCAGAUACUUUCUUCAUUGAUGAAGAGAAGAAAGUCUUCAUGGAUUGUGGUACACACUAUGACUCUGACGAUCAUUACAGAAGAUUUAUUGACAUAAUUGGAGAGGCUGGAUACCUAAGAAAAUUGGAUCCUGGAGUACCUGCAGACAAAAAUUGUAGGCCUGAUGUGUGCUCUUAUGUUCCAAGUUUGAGCCAAAUCAAAAAACCUGCACGAGGCAAAAGGAUAGAACAAAGCAGUUUAGAAAAGCGUCUAUUUGAUCAAAACAUGUUGAGACUUGCUGCAGUUGAAAAGAUAAUGGAGACGCAAUAUGGAUAUUGGUAGGAGGAGGUGCAAAAGGAGAAAACGAGAUGAUGCAGUAGAUGGAAGGCCUUGAAGCUUGCCGUGGAAGAUGACGUGUAUAAAAAGAUAGCUCUAACGAUGAUUCCAAAGUGUUCUUGAUUCCAAUCCCAGCAGCAACGAUGCUGGUGCAAAAGAGUUUUUGGGAAAUGAAGCCACUGAAAUUCAGAAUUCUGCUCUAAAAAGCAGAUUGGUAAGGAUAAGAGAGAUAUUGGAUUAGUCAACUUGCGAGUUGUUUCGGAUGCUUUCCAAGGAAAUAAGCUGGUCCAGAUUAAUUUUUCUUCAAAGUAGGUCCUUUUUGUUUCUCUGAGAUUUUAAUGAAACUGAGUUGGUAAUGCAAAAUGUUUACCAUUAGAAUUGUCAUUUUGUUCUUUGCUCUAAAUAGUCUAGUUGGAAUUUGUGUACUUUUGAAUCAACUGAUGCAAGUUGAUAUGAUGGAAUGGAGACAAAGUUAGAAUU